GACAAAAGAGCAUCAAAUCAUUCAAUAUCGUUGAAAAUGGAAUAUAAGCGUCACAAAGUGAAUUGAUACCUAAAUUCAAAAUAUUCCACUUAAAGGUAUAUGAGGUAGCUUCCAUAGCCAAGCAAAUAUAACACCAUGCAAGAACUUUUUCCUGAACUUUUUCGUAAAAAUAAACUUGUGGCGUUUGUUGAUGUGCACAGGAUGUGGCAAGGUGGUGCAUAUACAGCAAUGUCAGUUUGGCUAAACAAUAUGUAUGAGAUGUUCCUCAAUGGCGAGGAUCUACCCCAUCUUGCAACUGUCGUCGUAUUACGAGAGAAGAUGGAGAAAAGCUCCAUAUCACAAGAACUACCGAUUGCAAAGGCUGCUUAUACAUUUCUGCAGGAUAGUAUGCCAGCAUCCUUUUCUUUCCCAAAAUGGAACAAUGGUCGAAUACUCUGCCAGCGCCCUCAGCUCAAGCGGAUUCUAUCAAGCAUUGAACCAUCCACAGAGGGGUCCGAAAGGAAUAAUAUAACCACGUUAAGUAACUCUCCGUUUCCUCCUCCCGGAACAAAGACAUCCUCCAGUGCUGUCAAUAGUGGACGGCAUAAUGAUGCCAGUUUUGAUGAAAGAAUUAGGACAAGACCAGAGUUUUUGACAAGCACGGUUUAAAUACACACUGGAUAUACUCACCAUCAGCUAACAGGUUUUGAAAGUUUUACCGACUUUUUUCCCAAAUCAGAUGGAUUCUUCACUGCCUAGCUUUUCGGAAAUUUCCAGUUUCCAAGUUAUUGGGUUAGUCCCCUAAGACAAAUAACCCUAGCUAAGUACCUAGCCAAAAUAGAAAAUGCCAAAAACUGUAGGGGUGUCUCUUUGUACUUGUUCAUAUAUCUAGAAUGCUAACCUUAUAUACAUUGUUCUAAAAAUCCUUGCCUAGGCGCUAGGCGGUUGACCACCGUCUCGAUUAAUGCCCAAGCGUUUGAAAAUUAAGAAAUGGUGCCUAGACCUGCUUAGGUGCCCCCCCUAGACCACCUAGCACCUGUCUGCCCACACCCGCCUAGGUUGCGACUCACUCAGACAGAAAAUA